AUGGCUUUAGAAUGUGGUGCAAAAAAGGAGCUUCAAGAAGUUGGUAUAAAAAACUCAAAGGGUUUUCCUCUUGUUGGGACUAGUCUAGCAUCUAUGGAGUCUUUGUCCUUGCCACAGGUUCAGGAGGUUGUUCUUUCUGCAGACAUGCAAUGUGAAAAGUGCCAGAAGAGGGUAACUGACAUUAUUGCAAAAAUGAAUGUAGAGACAGAAUCUGUGAUGGUGAAUGUGUUGGAGAAGAAAGUGACACUUACCUUUAGAUUACCAACUGUGAGUGAAGUUAUCACUCGGCAAAUUACUCCCAUCAAUAGGAAUUCUCUCCCUAAAGUUGCCAUCAUCAAACGGAUAUUUCGCUCUUCCCGUGGCUAACCACAUGUUCAUAAGAAUAUUUUGUAGAUUGAUUUGACAAUGUACAGAAGAAAGUUUAUUGUAUUCAUGAUUGAAUUUCUUUUGUGAUUGCUAUAUGAA